GUAAAAUCGAAGAAAAAAUCCAAGAUUUUCUGCGUAGAGCUGAGUGCAGUCGAUAAUCAUGAAGUUAGAUGUGAAUGCAUUGAGGUAUCUGACCAAGGAUGAUUUUAGGGUUCUUACCGCCGUCGAGAUGGGGAUGCGCAAUCAUGAAAUUGUACCGGCGGAGUUGAUCGGCCGAAUCGCGUCGCUCAAACAUGGCGGAACCUAUAAAGUAUUGAAGAAUUUGCUCAAGCACAAGUUGGUGCAUCACGACUCUUCAAAGUAUGAUGGUUUCCGGCUAACAUACUUGGGCUACGACUUUCUCGCCAUCAAGACAUUGGUGAACCGUGGAGUUUUUGCUUCGGUUGGUCGUCAAAUUGGCGUGGGGAAGGAGUCUGAUAUAUUUGAGGUUGCUACCGAAGAUGGCACAGUUCUUGCUAUGAAGUUACACAGGCUUGGUAGGGUUUCAUUUAGAGCAGUCAAGUCUAAACGAGACUAUUUGAGGCAUCGUAGAAGCUUUAACUGGCUCUACUUGUCUCGACUUGCUGCACUCAAGGAAUUUGCCUUUAUGAAGGCUUUGGAAGAACAUGGUUUUCCUGUUCCAAAUGCAGUGGAUUGCAAUCGGCAUUGUGUUAUCAUGUCACUUGUCCAAGGCUACCCGCUUGUGCAAGUUAAGGAGUUGCCAAACCCUGACACGAUCUUUGAAACAAUUCUUGGUCUUGUUGUUCGCCUGGCUGAGCAUGGGCUCAUUCACUGUGAUUUCAAUGAAUUUAAUAUCAUGAUUGAUGAUGAUGAGAAGGUGACUAUGAUUGAUUUUCCACAAAUGAUUUCGGUUUCUCAUCGAAAUGCACAGAUGUAUUUUGACCGCGAUAUUGAGUGCAUCUUCAAGUUUUUCCGGAAAAGGUUUCACCUCUCUUUUGAUGAAAAAGAAGUUGAAAGUGAUGGUUCAGAUUCAGAACAAAAUGGAAAUUGUCGGCCUCGGUUUUCGGACAUAAAUAAAGUUUCUGGUUGUCUGGACAAGGAACUUGAAGCAAGUGGUUUCACUAGGAAAGAUCAAGAUGAUAUGGAUAAGUUUGUUGAGGGGGAUGUAGAGGAAGAUCUGGGAUCUGAUUCCGGAGAAGGUGACGAUGAAGAUGAUACUGCUUGCCCGAUAAAUGAUGCAACCCUAGAUGGUCUCGAAUCCUUGAGUUUGAUUAGAGAGGAAGGAGAUUACUUACAAGAAGGUGAUUCGGAAGCCAAUCAAAAUAUCGUGCAACAACCUUCCAUCGAAGCUAGCCAAAGUGGGGAGAUAGCCUUAGAAGAUGGACAGGUUGAGCACGGUGAUGAUUCAGCAGAUGAUAAUUCUGGUACAGAAGAGGAGCAAGAUGACGACCCUGAACUUGAAAAGCGUCUGACCAAGCAAAGACAACGUGCCAUCCAGGCUGCCCGUGGAAGGAGGAAAGGUAUAACCUCUAGAAACAGUUACAAGGACAAAGGUGGGAAGUCCUCUCAUAAUUCAAAGAUCCAAAAACAAUUAGGCAGCUGGUGAGGAAUGGCCAUCAUAUUGUAUCCUGUUGUGAAAUGAUUCGGAGGCAUCACUACAUACGAGCAGCUCGGAUUCGUGACCAUAGUUACGCUUAUAUUUUUCCCUCCAGCAACUACUUGUAAUGUAUCUGUCAACUAUCAUAAAUUUUGAUCGCUGUUUUUGUUUAAUGUAGUACUAUUAUCAAUGCU